AGCUUGCACUGAUGUCUACUCACCAUACCCCUUCACUGCAGCUACAGUUCUUCUUGAACCCCCUGACGUUGUUCGGAAAUGUCGCUCGGCCCGACCCUCGCACUUGCCAACCAAGACGUCCUCUACACCGUCUUUGAGCAUUUCGUCGCUUCAGAGACGGCGUGGUACGACUUUGAUAUCAUGACCCGUAGGGUCAAGUCUGUCGACGAUCCAGAGGAGAUCGUCCGAAGACGAACGCUGGCGAGCUGUGCUCGGGUUUGUCGAGCAUUCCUCUUCCCCGCGAUGACCAUCCUGUGGCGGGAUCUCGACAGCCUUGAGCCCUUGAAUGCAUUGGUACAACACCGCGCUUCGCAAGUUACGGAGUCAAUUGCGCAAUUCCUGGACAGCACCAUCUCCACUACCUUCCUGCGCAUCGGCCGAUGUUGGACAGCCACCACUUUCACUCUCGCGCCUCGUACGAUUACGCUGGGUGCAGAAGUAUUUCGUGGCGCCCCCGCCUGGGACCAUCACCGACGCUGCGAGUAUCAAACCUUCGUCGAGACGCUGUUGCUGCGAGCCGCCGAAUCCGCGCCCUGUCUCACUUACCUGCGCAUUACCAGAGGGAACGGGAUCCUUGAGGAUUGGCUGCGUCCGGUGUGCCGCUUCUCCCGGGUCCAGGUCCUAGACAUUCUAGAGCCAGCUUACGACGCGGUCACGACGUCCGACCUCCUCCCCCGACUGGGCGCGAUGGAGAGCUUGAGGUCCCUCAAGCUCCGCUUGCCCGCCGCCGUCGGACACGCAUUCGACAAUGGAACUCAGAGCUUCACUGCGCUCAGGGUCCUCGAUCUGGGGAGCAGGUUCGCGUCGUUGCAUGACGCCAUAAAGAUGCUUCGCCUGGUCUCUUCCCCGUAUCUCGAAUCGGUCCACGUUGACGGCUGCGAGUGUGAGACCGGGCUCCUUUCCGCAGGCCUGCACGACUUGUGCACCGUCCUGGACGCCAGGUUCGCCCCAACCCUCCGCACCAUCUCCCUCUCGAUCACCCCGAUCGGCUCGCCUAUCGCCUUCGAGCAACCCUUGGUGAAGUAUCUGAUUCCCCUCCUCCGGAUACGUCACCUCGCCGACGUCCGUCUCCACCUGGCUUCCAAGAACGUCUCAGUCGUGGUAUCGGUAUCCGACUUUGUCACAAUUGCGGAGUCGUGGCCCCAUCUCGAGCAUCUCGAGCUCAGUUACGUCCCCUCAGGAAAGGCACCUUCGUUACGGGCGCUCAUACCCCUUGCACGACUUUGUCCCUUCCUAACCCAUGUUCAACUGCCCCGGAUCGAUGCACGCGAUGUUGAGAUGGCUUCGAUUCCUUCUCACCGUUCCCUCAUGUCUUUCUCCAUCUCCGACGGUGGUUGGGAUAGUCUGAUUCCAGAUCCUCAAGGGGUCGCUUAUUUCUUGAGGAAAUUGUUCCCCAACGCAGAACUAGGCCGACCACAUCUCGCAUCCGAGCAAUGGUGUCGGACGGUGAAAGAGUUCAGAGAUUCUCGGGCUAGGAAGGAUCGUGGUAAUGAUCUGGUCUAUUGCUGGACAUCGCUUGUGGUUCUGGAGGUUGGUCAUUCCCCAUGUAAUUGA